UACUUUGUAUGUCUACAGUCAAAUAUGUGAAAACCACUUUUCUUUUCAUGUCAUGACUUUAAGUAGCAGUAAGGCAUUUUUACAUUCACGCGUCACUUGAGUCCAGAAUUGCUGUUAAAUAGUUGAACAAAACUCAUCACUCGCCCUGGACGUGUGAGUCCAUGUUUUCUAUUUCACAACAUGAAAUAUUAUUUAAAAUAUGAAUGGGGUCUGAAUGCCAAAAUUAAGUUAGUUCUGCUGUAAGGUGCAGAUUUGCAUCAUGUUGCUAGGAAACAAACUGGUUUGAAUCAAAUUUAUUUUCAAAGCUGUAACGGUGUCUUACUUUUAGGAUUUCUGUCACAGGCCUACACUUGGUUACAACUCUGCUUAUUUUACAAAUUUGUUUUUGUUUUUCUUCAGUUGACAUGUGACCAAAUCUGCACUCAAAAGCUGUAUUCUGACAUUACAGUUAAGUUUUGAUGCAUAAUUGCAGUGGACGCCAUCAGAUAUGAAAACUGCUAUCCACCCAGUGAGGCUUCCAAACAGACGGUUCCUUCAGACGGGAGAAAUGUUGAGUGGACCGACAAAAUGAAAGUCUAUCUGAAUUCUGACCAAACUGUUACUGCCAAGGAUCUGCUCAGCAUGUUCUCAUCUUUUGGAUGUGUCAUCUCUGUUCAGACGAUUGUGAAAAACAAUCACAGAUACGGGAUGGUGCAUUACCGCAGUGCCGAUGAAGCUGCCGUGGCUUUGAGGGAAAUGAAGAGCAGCACCAAAGUCUUCUUCGUAGCUCAAGUAGGCAUCAGGGAGGUCAGAGAGGGCCCCAAGGAUAAAAGAUCCGAACGUCCCCAUCGAGCACCACCAGGCAGCUGUAGUUACCGCCCACUGCACAGACGUCCCAUUCUGUGGGAACCACUGUUUCCAGCUUACAGACAGACUGUGUCUAUUGAAAUUGAUAACCUCCCACGAUCUUGGUAUGAAAGAGACCUGCUGCUCAGCCUCCUCCCUCCCACCACCAUUGAUGUAAAGAUAUUUAAGAGAAAAGCCUGUGUGGUCUUGCCGGACUUCUCCAGUGCCUUGAGGCUCAGGGAUUUGUUAAACAGUGCCCUUCACCACCUCCGCUUUAUCUUUUCACCUCGUGGAAGACGGAGGUGCCCCACAGUGAAGAUAUCAGCAGCCGGCACCGUGCUCUGCUCUCGGUGA